AAUGUCAAUUUAUUUAAUUCCAAAUGCAAAGCCGCAUAUUACAGUUGAAGACUGGUUUCGGAAUUUUCAUCAGUAUCAGAAAAAUUACGAACAAAUUUUACAAAAAUCUUCCAUUGUAAAACAGGAAAGCAAUGAAUUGCGAGAUUCAUCCCAAAUCGAAACCGAGUGGAAUUUAACGUUCACCAAUGAUCUACUCGAAGAAAGAACAAAAGAAGUUGCCUACUGGAAAAAUGAGAUUUUUGAGUGCAUUCAACGUAUCGAGACUGAAUUACAACUUUUAAAUCGCGAGAAAGACUUGUGCUCGAAAGAUAUAGAAAAUUUAUAUCCCAGAAUUGCAAUAAUCAACGAAUGUAACACGCUGAGGAAUUCUAAGAAGAGAGGUGAUUUAUGCCAGGACGAUGUAACGAUUCAAUUAAAUCAAGAAUAUCAACUGUUGGAAAAUGUUAAAGCUAAUUUGGCGGAUAAAUGCGAAGAAGCUUGUCAACAAAACUUGAGACUGAAUGCACUUCUAGACAGAUUACGAUUGGAUUUAGAAUUGAAAAAUGAAGCCUAUGAAAUUGAAAAAGAAACUUUGGAAUUGAAAAAUAUGCCUACUAAUGUCAGCCAUAAGCCUGACAUGAAUACCGAACUGAACUACAGCUCAUACAAAUCAUGGUUAGAGAAUUGUAAAAUGUUGACAUCGGAAACAGAAAAAGAAUUGGAGGCUUCAUCUAGAUUACGAAAAGAAAUGCAUAUUCCUCGCGAAAAUUCUCGUAAUCUCUUGCUGUCUCAAUACGAAGCUACAAAUUUCAUGUUUCGAAAACGAAUUUACGAAACUCACUACAUUCUAGAAGAACUGAAAUGGGAAAAAGCGAAUUUGGAAAUGGAAAAGGAACGAAUGAGGACGGAGAUCAAUAAGUUGGAAGAAACACAUCAUGCUGAAAACUACGCAUCGAAACUGGUUGAAUCGCAGAAUAGAAAUCGCAUCUACAGAUCAAGUUCUGAAUUAUGUCGUGAAAAAUGUACCGAUAAUUUGGAAAUUCAAGUUCUAAACAUGAAAAGCAUUAUCCAAAAGUUGAAUAAUCAACUAGAAAUUUCCAGAAAAACUUACAACGAACUCGAAAAACAAAUCGAAGCAGCAGAAAAAGAAAUUAAAAAGAAAACGUGGGCAUUAACACUGGAUACAAGAUGUUUAGAACUUCGCAAUGAACCAAAUGCUUAAACGAUAUCGGAG